AUGGGUGGAGAAACAGUCCCUCGCAUUGAAUCGUCGUAUCCUCAACUAUCAGCAGGUCCUGUUGGACAGCAAAUUGAAAGCAUUUACCAAGACCGUCUGCGUCAAUUCACAUCAGGCGGCCAGUAUGAAAAUCAAUACCUUCUAGGGAAGCGCUACCACAAUGUUGUCGAUGAUCCCGACCAUGUCAAGCUCUCGGUGUACUCCCCACCCGAUCUAGCACGGCCGACCUUUAAGGAUGCCACUUCCCACGAGUUCAAACCUACCCAUCGUGGCGAGUCAUUCGGUCCAUCAUGGUCGACACAUUGGUUCAAGAUCCAGCUUACCGUCCCUAAGAAGAUGAGAGACGGAGAGCAUCUUGAAUUCCACUGGGAUGCAAACAAUGAGGGAAUGGUCUGGACUGAAGAGGGAGACCCGCUGCAAGGUCUGACUGGUGGUGGAGACCGAACAGAAUGGAUCCUGCCUGAGAGCUGGCGAGACGGCAAGGAGCAUAUAUUCUAUAUUGAAAUGGCAUGCAACGGAAUGUUCGGCAAUGCUCCGGGCGGUGACAGUAUCCAGCCACCCAAUCCUAACAAGUAUUAUCAGCUGUGGAAGGCCGAGAUUGUUGACGUCAACCUCGCCGUCCGGCAGCUUUAUGUCGAUUUCUGGAUCAUUUCCGAUGCUGCCAGAGAAUUCCCGGGUGACAGUUGGGAAAAGCAUGAAGCCUUGCAAAUUUCCAACCACAUUGUGGACGCAUUCAUUGCUGGCAAUGGAUCUCAGAAAUCCAUAGAGGAAGGACGCAAGAUUGCCCAGAAAUAUAUUGGCAAACUGGUCGACUCUCCCAAGGUCUAUGACUCUGACGAGACGGCUCUUGUCUACGGUAUUGGUCAUUGUCAUAUUGACACAUGUUGGUUAUGGCCAUGGGCGGAAACAAAACGCAAGGUUGCGAGAAGUUGGUCCAAUCAAUGUGAUCUGAUGGAUCGUUACCCAGAACAUCGUUUCGCUGUUAGCCAAGCUCAACAGUACAAGUGGCUCAAACAAAACUACCCAUAUGUCUUUGACCGAGUCAAGACUAAGGUCAAAGAAGGAAGGUUCCAUCCAAUUGGUGGUAGUUGGGUUGAGCAUGACACCAACAUGCCCAGUGGCGAAUCGUUGGUUCGACAGUUCGUCUAUGGACAGAGGUUCUUUGAGAGUAACUUUGGUGAGAGAUGUCAGACGUUUUGGCUGCCUGACACUUUUGGAUAUUCUGCUCAACUCCCACAAAUAUGUCGUCUGGCAGGAAUGACUCGAUUCUUUACACAGAAGUUAAGCUGGAACAACAUCAACAACUUCCCUCAUACAACCUUCAACUGGGUGAGUUUAGACGGCAGUCAGGUCAUCUGUCACAUGGCGCCGAGCGAAACCUACACGGCCGAUGCUCAUUUCGGAGAUGUGAGAAGGAGUGUUACUCAACAUAAGAGCUUGAACCAAGACAACACCUCGCUACUUGUCUUUGGCAAGGGCGACGGCGGGGGUGGCCCUACCCGAGACAUGCUCGAGAAACUCCGCAGGUGCCGCGGAUUGAGUGACACUACAGGACUAUUGCCCCGAGUUCAAAUGGGAAAAUCGGUGGAUGAUUUCUUCGCCAAGCUGGAGGAGAAGAUCGAGGAUGGCACCAAGCUCACAACGUGGUAUGGAGAACUCUACUUUGAACUUCACAGAGGUACCUACACGACCCAGGCCAAUAACAAGAGAAACAAUCGACAACAAGAGGUAUUGUUACACGAUAUCGAGUAUCUUGCCACGCUCGCAUCCUUGAAGAACAAGAGCUACGAGUACCCCAAGAGGGAGAUCGAUGAAAUUUGGGAGAACGUGCUUCUCUGCCAGUUUCAUGAUUGUCUUCCAGGCAGCUCAAUUGAGAUGUGUUAUGAUGACUCUGACGCACUGUAUGCGCACAAUGCCAAGGUAGGAAAGAAGCUCAUCGAGAAAGCAUUGACGGUCCUUGGACUUUCUCAUCACGUCAAGCCUAAGGCUGAGCUGGUUGCGGUCAACACUGCACCAUGGAGUCGGCAAGAACUCGUUAAAAUUCCUCAUGCAGACUCCACCUCUCAAGAGCAGCAGUACGCUUUGGCGUCUGGUGGACCAGGAAUCAUGAAGACCCACGCAGCUUCGACAUUGCAAUCAACGGCUUCGGUGGAAGAAGUCAAGAAAGGUGUCUUUGUCCUCAAGAACAGCCGCUUCCGCGUAGAAGUGGAAGCGGGCGUGAUUACAUCUCUGAUUGAUUUGAAGGCUGACCGCGAAGUCAUCGCAAAGGGUGGAAAAGCCAAUCAGUUGGUCAUUUUUGAUGAUAAGCCGCUUUACUGGCAAGCAUGGGAUGUUGAAGUAUUCCACUUGGAGUCAAGGAAAGAGCUCAAGUCCGAGGCCACUGAAAUUGUUGAGACAGGCCCAUAUAGUGUCAGCGUCGCAACCAAGACACAGGUGAGUGAUGACAGUUGGGUGAGAACGACCAUCAGUCUGGACGCGACCAAUGGCGAAGAUGACGCCGGGUUUGUGUCUGUGGAGGCUGAGGUCGAGUGGCACGAAACGAUGAAAUUCCUGAAGGUCGAAUUUCCAGUGGAUGUGAGCAACACGGAAGCCAGCUAUGAAAGUCAGUAUGGUAUUAUCCGUCGCCCCACGCACUACAACACAAGUUGGGAUAUGGCCAAAUUUGAAGUAUGUUGCCACAAAUUUGCAGAUCUGUCCGAGGCCGACUACGGAGUGUCGAUUUUGAAUGACUCGAAAUAUGGCUUCGCUACUGUUGGUAACCUUCAACGACUGUCAUUACUGCGUUCACCAAAAGCACCGGAUGCACAUGCCGAUAUGGGCCGGCAUCAUAUCAAAUGGGCAAUCAUGCCUCACCAAGGGUCAUUGGGUAGCGCGACUGUUCGUGCUGCAUAUAAUUUCAAUCACCCACUUCGACUCGCCUCGCUGGUAGAUGAUAAGCCGGCCGAGGAGAUAUUCAGCGCCAUCACACUCAGUGGAGGCAAGUCUCUUGUGCUUGACGUUGUCAAACGAGGCGAGGAUGAUGCGGAUGUAUCUGAAGGUCAAUUCAGUGCCCGAUCUGGUCAGAGUGUGAUUCUUCGAGUCUAUGAAAGCUUGGGUGGAAAGACUCGGGGUACGAUCCAAACGACACUGCCCGUGAAGAAGGCAUUCAAGACGAACGUGCUUGAAGAUGACCUGGAGAGUGUGGAGGUCUCGGGUAAGAACAAGCUCAGCAUCAAUAUUGAGUUGCGUGCUUUUGAGGUGGCGACUUUCCGCCUGCAACUAUGA